CACCAUAUUGUGAAAGGUAACGCAUAUUUUGAUGCUGGUACAGGACGCAUCUGGAUGGACGAUGUUAGAUGUGGUGGUACUGAGGAGUCUAUAGAAGACUGCAGAUUUAACGUCUGGGGGAAUAAUGACUGUAGCCACAGCGAGGACCUCUCUGUUAUUUGCAAACUGCAAUACGUGACGAGAAUAAACCCAAAUACAGGCAGCGUACUGGGAGGUACUCGAGUGACCAUAGAAGGAGUAGGGUUUUCGACUGACUCGUUCAAUUAUUUUCCCGGAACAGAACAUCUUGGAAAUAAGGCCUUUUUCGUAAAUGAUCAUUACAUGUUUCCAUGUGAAGUAAUCGUUGACAGGACGACACAAACACGUAUAGUCUGCGUCACAAUUGCAGAUAUGCCCUACGGAAAUGACUACAGAAUUCAGGUGAAUGUUGAUGGAAUCGACAUCGACAAUAGAUGCAGAAACCCGAGCUACUGUUCCUAUCAGCCGUCGCUUUCCUCAACUCCUACAAUAACCAACAUCGACCCUUUAUCUGGAGUACCAGUGUCCCCUAAUAAGACGACAGAAGAAAAUCCACGGCACUUUACAUCAUUAUAA